AUGUCUGAUCCGCAGACGUGGACGCGCGCCUAUAAAGUGUACGCGCAAGCCAAGCUCGGUCAUUUCUGGAGUUUGCUGGAACACGAACCAUCAUCUAUUGCCUGGAUUUUUGCCUGCAAUUGCUCCUGCGACGUUCGCUUAAUCAAUUCUUACCACCUUGGGGCAACAUUCAGGAUGCCUUUUCAUCUGAUAAAAUUUAUAAUGAACGGGGACAUUGCGGUUGUCCCAAGUGGAUGGUAUGUUGAUGGGAUGGUUUUCUGGCCCAACUAUAAAAACACCGACAGAAUUAAAAGGGCCGCUUUAAAUGAGGAGCAGCAUGAGUCAAACUGGCCAAGAUUUGACGUUUCUGUUGUCCGAACUUGUGACAACUACAAAGACGCAUUAAAAAUAAUGCAGCAAUAUGGAAAGGGCUGCGACACCUCAGACCUGCAAUCUGAGGCAGAGAAUGAGGAGUUUCCAGAAAAAAGGAGCAGGAAGCCAGUCCAUCGUUUCGGGGACUCGGAUGAUAGCGAUAGUGACCUCGCAUCUCUGGGCUCCACCGUCUCGCCGAGUGCCAGCAAGAGUCGUGAGUACCUGUCAACUGGAGAUAACUUUCAAGGUAAAGACUGA